CACAGCACUUCCCUCCGCAAUGGUGGAGCACGUUGUCUCGGAUUGGCCAGACGACUUGCAUCGCGUCUUAAACGGCACCGUUGCCACUACUGUCACCACGAAUGACGAUGAUCUGCUCACACAGAAUGAUUCCAGCAUCGUCCGCGAAACCUUUCGAAUAUACGGAACCUUGUAUAUUUCUGCCUUUGUGCUGUACGCAAUUUUGAGACGGUGCUAUCCGUGGCUGUUCAAUGUACGCGGCUGGGUUCCAGAGCUACGAUGUGAUCUAGCGCAAACGAAAUAUGGACUCAUAUCGUGGUUCUGGAAAGUCUUUCGCGUGAAAGACCAAGAUAUCUUUGAGCAAUGUGGAAUGGACGCCCUUUGUUUCAUUCGAGCCAUGCGCUUCGGUCGUAAUCUAGGCCUUAUGGGAUCCUUCAAUGCUCUGUGGCUGAUACCGGUCUAUAUGACAGCAAAGGAGGCGCCCGAAACUGAGUAUCUGAACGAUUGGCUGACAGAAAUUUCGGUCGCACAUCUUCCGAACAGGUCAUCACGCUACACUGGAACGCUGCUGGCCACCUACAUUACAUUUCUGUUCACAAUGUACUUGAUUCUACAAGAGAUGCAUUGGUACACGUACUGGAGGCAUCGCUUUUUAUCACAGAGGGAACCCCGAAACUACGCCGUAUAUGUGGCAGGAAUUCCUGACGAGUGGCGCAGUAGUAAAGACCUGACCGCUUAUUUUCAUAACUGUACUUCAAAAGACUCCGUUUUGGAAGCACACGUUGCGAUGGAUCUACCGAGCUUGGAGGCAAAGCAUUUACGACGAGGUGAUGUCGUUCGAAAGCUUGAGCACGCCGUGGCUUUGGAGAGAAGGACGGGAACUACUGAAAAGCACCACACUAUCAGCCUCAGCUCCGGUAUCGAGAAGGUAAAAACUGUUGCAGCCUUAGAGGCGGAACUGGAGAGAUUGAACCGCGAAAUUCCGGUAGAUAUUCAGAGAAUUAAAAGAAGCAGUGACCGAGAUAUUUCGCUGCCGUCUAGAGCAGCCGGAGUACGCGAUUUGAUUGGAAGUGGCAAUGCGGACAUCGAUUGGUCCCCUAUCGACGAUCAAGCCACUGACCACGAUCGACCUGCAGUUGUCACUUUUAUUGAGAUCGAGAAUUCAGACCCGGACAAGCCUAUAGCCAUUAUUGAUGAAGACUACUGUCCUCGAAAACGGAAUUUGACGAUGGUGGAUGAAUACGCUGACUCAGAUGUCGAAACUAGUGAUGAAUCUGAGACUGCAGACGAUACUUCACCGAAGCAUGAUAACAAAAGUGUCUCGUCUACAGUCAAUGGAAAUUGUGUUGCGGCGUCGACAUCAGAGGAUGCUGAGUACGUCUUGCAAAGGUUCUCUCGCGAGGACGGUAAAAUGUUUGAGGAACACCUUGGCAUGCAUCGUGCUUUGCAUCGGCAAGAUCAAAUAUCUGGUCUCUCUUCAUCCGACAUUGAUAUUGCAGAUACUACGGACAUUGAUGAGGACAUUAUUCGUUCUGCGGUGGGAAGACUCGUUGUGGAACGAAGUCGGUGUUGCUCUGAAAAUGAGAGUCAGGGGGACACCAGCUCAUAUGACGGAUUUAAGCGUGUAGAGGUCGUAAAUACCGGGACUCGGGCCCUGGGUCAGUCACUUUCAGUCGCAGGAAACUCGAUUACUUCAGGCUCACAAGCUGCUCGCCAAUCGUUUGUGGCAAGCUCCAGAGCCGCAGGCGGAGCGAUUAAAAAAGUUGCGAAAGAUGUCAACGUUGACAGGGUCAUUAAAUCAGCGGCCGAAGGCGGAGCACAAAGUAUCAUCAAAGUAGGAACAACAAUUGUCGCGUCUGCCAGUGCAGUUGUUCCUAGUCUCCGAAUUAAAGGAGAGGGGUCUACGAGAAACGCCGGUUUUGUUGUCUUCAAGAAUCUUUACACAGUACAAAGCGUUUUGCAAAUGGUUCACGAUGCGCGUCCUUAUGUUAUGGACUGCUUUGAAGCGCCUGAACCCGGGGACAUCUUUUGGAGAAACGUUGGUCUCGUUGCAAAGGCACGCCGUGUAGGAAAUCUUUUGAGCGUCAGUGCAACGGUUGUUACGUGCAUCUUUUGGUCUAUUCCGAUGACAGUAAUCGCAUCUUUAACAGAAGUGAACUCCCUGAAAGAAGAGCUUCCCAAGCUGGGUCGUUUCAUUGACAGACACCCUAAAGCUGAGACUGUCAUAGUGCAGCUUGCACCCCUCAUCCUCUUGAUAUUCAAUGAAACUAUUUUGCCCAGUGUCCUCAAAUAUUUCGCUCGCUGGGAAGGACAUAUUUCGGCAACCAUGCUGGAGGCAUCAUUAUUUGUUAAGCUUGGCUUUUUCAUGAUUAUUCAAACUUUCUUUGUCUCGGCAAUCUCUGGAGGAAUUACAUCGGAACUAUCAAAUAUACUGUCAAAUCCAGAGAUGAUUAUCGAUUUGCUCGCGAAUUCGCUCCCUGCCCAGUCGACAUACUUUGUUCAAAUUAUUCUUGCGUCAACAUUUCUGCUUCAAUCUCUUGAACUUCUACGGGUCUAUCCGCUCGGAGUUGCAUUGCUACGCCGCUUUUUUGGACCGCAGCUCACGGCUAAUGAGCGUCGCCGAACCUGGUGGUGGCUCAAUUCUCUCGAAGACCCACCGGACUUUUGGCAUGCAGAGACUUUCGCACAAAUCAUUCUUUACUUUAUGGUGUUUUUUGUGUACGCUGUGAUAGCUCCGUUUACGUCCUUUGUGGUGCUCCUGUGUUUCACAAUUUUGGAAAGUGGAUACCGGUAUCAGCUUAUUCAUAACUACCCAAGGGCAUUUGACACGGGUGGGAAAUUGUGGUACUACUUUAUCCAAUUCAUCCUGGCAAGCAUGGUUAUCGCUCAGCUUACUCUGAUUGGUCUGAUGGCUCUCAAACAGAGCACAUAUGCCAGUCCAGUUCUUAUUCCUCUGCUAGUUGUCACCUGCUUAUUCAUAAUCUACAUUAAUUCGCGGCAUUCAGUGGUCGCACGUCAUUUACCAACAAGAAACUGUAUUGAAGCAGACCAGCAUUACGUAUUGGUAUCUGAAGAUGAUGAGGAAAUUGGUGUCCACCUCAGCGAUUUUACAUUUGUGUACGGUAAAUAUCUUCAGCCGGCUCUUCAAAACGAGCAGGUCUGUCCGGACUAUGAAGACGAUGAGUACGGUGACGCCCCGAACAGUUUGGAUGGCCAACAAUUGGACGACGAUGACUUGUCUAUUCUCGGGCAGUAGCAAAUACUUCUGUUUACAGUUAGACGCUCUCCUUUUUACGCGCCAUCGAAUCUGUCUAUAGAAAUUGGUUCACCAACACAUUUUGGGCUCAUUUGCUAUCGGUAAACACACCAUUGUCUCCAGUACCAUGACCACGAUACUAUAAUCAGAUGUACGCAAUUUAUUGUUCUAAGCGCGAGGAGUACGGAAAGGAUUUAUACGAGCAAAGAUACUUUGGCCCCGGAAAUAAUGCAUAAAGGCAGCCCCUGCGUGAAGAGGGACGAGAUAUUUUCCGUAGGUGCCCAACGUUUUGUGGAUGUUGUAAGUCUGUUUUGCGAUUUGCCCGUUGCGCUUUUUCUCGAGAUCGUCGGCUGGAGUAGCACCCUCGAACGUUUUGUAAAAGAAAGGCAACCCCUUACCACCAUAGUAGCCCAUAGCGAUACCGCUUGCCGGCAUGAUUGUCAUGAAUGCAUAGAGGCCGUAGUGCGUGACCUUGCUAGCCGCGUUUUCCCAGGUCGCGUUGCCGAUCAUGUUUCUGACGUUAUAGUCGGAACGAGAAAGCAGCCGAUAGGCGAAUCGAGGCGCCACAACCAUACCAGUCAAUAAACCGAGCGAUUUGUGACGCCACAUCCAUUUGCCUUUAUCUUCCUUAGCGGCAUCUUGAGCCUUCAGCACGGAUCCAACAGAACCGAUCAGAGGAAUCGCAACCAUCCAAUGAAAAGCCGAAGCCGUCAACGAAUACGCACCCGCGGGAACAACACUCAUAACAAAGGCGAUUGAAACAGUAUUCAGUUGAAUAGGGUCGACCGCAAUUUCAUAUAAGAUAGGGGAC